UACAUCAAGAACUUCAUCAAUGACACCUGGCAAGAGCGAUACCACUCUGACAUCGAUGAGCAGACCCUCACAUUACUGUGGUCUUUCAUUGUCUCUACCUUUAGCAUUGGGGGAUUCUUGGGAGCCAUCAGCUCAAGAUACCUGUCUGCAAAAUAUGGAAAAAAGAAAUGUCUAACGUUCAAUAAUCUGCUUCUGAUAGCAGCUGCAUUUUUCUGGGGCUUCAGUAAGAUGGCAAAGUCCUUUGAGAUGAUUUUGAUUGGACGUUUCCUUUGUGGUUUUAAUUCAGGUUUGGGCUGCUGUUUACAUGGCCAGUAUUUGGGAGAAAUUUCCCCUAAGAAGCUGCGUGGAUUUACAAGUGCCACUCUCUCUCUUUUUGCAAACAUGGGGAAAUGCUUAGGACAAAUUGCAGGACUAAGUGAACUUUUAGGAACUGAAUCCUUGUGGCCUUUACUGAUGGCUAUCAGUGGAAUCGCAGCAUCGGUGCAGCUGGUCACUCUCCCAUUCUUCCCUGAGUCUCCACCCUACCUCCUGAUGCAAAAGGGAGAUAUGGAAGGCUGCCAGGAAGGUAACAUAGACCACCUUAACUCUCGACUUUUUUUUCUAGCUUUAUCCAGUUACUCAAGCUGGAAUCUUGGAAGAGGAAAGGAUUCCACACCAUUUUGAAGAAACAAAAUACCACUUGUACACUGUACUUUCUUAAUGCUGUCAUCAGGACAGUUCAGAUACAAGUAUUAGUGGGGGUUAACAGUGUUAUUAAAAUUAGUGGCCAUAAUUUCUUUACUCUGAGAUAUAACUAGUGCAAAAAUUAACAUGAAUGCUAUACUGAGUUGUGGUUAUAGUCAGAAAAGUGACAGGGUAAGAAUGGGAUCUUACUACUGAACAGAUCUGAUCCCUGUGUGUUCUCUGAGCGGUAACUUUUUCUUGUUAAGAAGGUAAAUAUUUAUCUGUCUAAACUACUAGCCAACAGUAACAUUGCACAGCACAACUAAUAGGUAGUAACUAUAAUCAACUGAGAUAUGAAUGAAUUUAUUUAAAAUUAAACACUUUUUUUAAGCCAGCUGAAAUCAGACACCUUUAUUUUGUAUAGUCUUUCAUACUAAUGGUAUCCCAAAAUACUAUCCUAAUAGACACUAGAUAAGUUAAAGAAUUCGAUAAUAAAGCCAACAACAGAGGAAGAGAGAAACGAACAGGUAUAGGCAAGCAAAAAUUUUUUAAAUGACAUCUGAGAAAAAAGCAAAUGAAUGAGGCAGAGAAGUAAGAGAAGAUAAUCUCAGACAGCAGGAAAUGGAAGGGAAAGGGAUCUCACACCAACAGUGUGGAGAUUGUGAAAGGGAGCAGAAAAGAUAUUGUUAAAUGAGGAGCUGCUGGAAAGUAGGGUGCAAAAAGAGGUCAGAGUUCCACAUUUCUCUUAAAACAGGAC